GCCAUCCUACUCAUCUAUCGCCAGAGACGCAAACAGAAGCUCCCGAGGUGUGAUGGCAAUGAGAACGCAGCAGACGAAGGCCGGGCCGAGAUCCAAAGCCUCCUGGCGGCGCCAGUGGAGCUGAAGGUCGCGGCGAGACGACUACAGCUCGAAUACUACUCGGUAUACACCUUCGCUGUUGCGGCAGACUGGCUCCAGGUAUGCUGUGCUUCAUGAUUCUGCCCGUCACCACCUAGCGAGGACUGACGAGGGCGCAAGGGGCCCCAUAUCUAUGCGAUGUAUAAAUAUGAGAAGGGUCUUCCCGAGAAUGUCGUGGCUGCCCUGUACGCCUCUGGCUUCAUGUCCGGUGCCGUCUCAGCUUCCUUCGCCGGAGCGCUCACGGACAGGUUCGGUCGCCGAAUGGCCUGCCUCGUCUAUUGUGUAGCCUACAUCGCUACCUGUGCCUCGAUGCUAUCUAAUAAUGCGGCCAUCCUCUUCUCGGGUCGCCUGUUUGGCGGAGUAGCCACUACGCUCCUCUUCAGUGCUUUCGAGACUUGGGUGGUCACCGAAUACCAUCAGCGCAACCUCGCCCGAUCACACUUGAGUCUAAGUACCCUAUUCGGCAACAUGGCCACUCUCAGUUCCGUGGUAGCCAUCAUGUCGGGCAUAGUCGGGGACCUCCUCGUCGCAGGCUUCAAUGGGGCUCGAGGAUGGCCGUUCGUAGCGGCCGCUGGCAGCGCGGCCAUCGCUGCUCUAUUGAUCGUCAUCUUCUGGCCGGAGAACUAUGGAAACAGACACGGCGACGACAAGCCAGACCGCGGUCCGGCGAACACAGCAGAGGCAAUACGCAGUGGCCCAUGCACAACGCUGAGAGACAAGAGGAUUUGGGGCCUCAGCUUCACCUCAACGUUCUUUGAGGGCACCAUGUAUCUCUUCGUCUUCUUCUGGUCGCAGACGCUUAGCAGCGCGAGAAACCGCGCGGGGUCGGAUGGCGAGCUCCCAUAUGGGCUGGUUUUCUCAAGCUUUAUGUGCGCCAUGAUGGCCGGAUCUAACCUUUUCUCGAUGAUGGCACGGCCGCAUGUCGGAGGUCAAACGCUGGCACUGCUCUUCGCGGCAGUGCUUGUCGUCAGCGGCUGCUUGCUGGCAGUCGUUCUAUUCCAAGAUGAGCAGUGGGUGUUCUGGACGCUUUGCAUGAUCGAGCUUUGCAUUGGGAUUUAUUUCCCAAGCAUGUCCUACCUCAAGAGUGAGGUGGUGGAAGAUGGAGUCCGCGGCCGAAUUUACAGUAUCCUGAGACUGCCGCUGAACGUAUUUGUGGUGGUCGUUCAUAGCUUAGACCAGGAAGGGGACGCGCAUCGAAAUCAUGUCUUCCUGACAUGCGCUGUUCUGUUGAUUACAUCCUUCUUAGUGUUGAGAUGGAGUUUCUCGCGGUAGGCAUCACCAAUAUAAUACAUAAUAAUAUAUAUGGAGUAGAAGGGCGCUUC